AACCUGCACAUGCAACACGGGAGCUGCGCUGGAAACAACGUCACGAGAAGACUGCCUGCUUUUUUGUGUGUGUGAUUGUCUUGUUGUUACAAAGACCUCAGGAGUUCUCACAGAAGAGGCAACAAUGGCAGCAGUACCCGUUGCCACGCUACAUUUGACUUCUCCAUCAAGCCCGGUUGGUCUCCUGGAGCCCAACAUUCACAUCGGAGGCAGAGACGCAGAUUUGAGAUGUUGUUCAGACAAUAAAGAAAACGACACUCUACCUUUGCAUUCUGCUUGGACCUUCUGGCUGGACAAAUCUCUACCAGGAACUACAGCAGCUGAAUGUGAAUCCAAUCUGAAGAAAAUCUACACAGUGGGGACUGUCCAGAACUUUUGGAGAGUUUUCAACAACAUACCCAGUGUCGCCAUCUUGCCUCUGAGGUGCAGCUAUCACCUUAUGAGAGGUGAAAGAAAACCACUCUGGGAAGAAGAAAGCAAUGCUAAAGGUGGAGUUUGGAGGUUGAAAGUACCAAAAGAGUGCACUGCUGCCGUGUGGAAGGAAUUGCUCUUGGCCACUAUUGGGGAACAGUUUAGCGAUUAUUGUGCUGCAGACGAUGAAGUGGUCGGGGUCAGCGUCAGUGUAAGAGACAGAGAAGAUGUCGUUCAGGUCUGGAAUGGAAACGCUUCCCGGGCUGAUGAGUCCAACAUUUUAGGGAGGAUCCACAAGCUCCUACCACAGACGCAAUUUAAAGCAGUGUUUUACAAACCUCAUCAGGAGCAUCACGCUUUUGAAGGAGGUCGAUCAAGAUACUAGCACAUUUUACACUUUAAAGCACAUUUGUGGAUUAUAAUACUUGGGCACAUUUGAAAGCAGUUGAGCUGAAUCUUAUAUACCGUGGUACUUCAAUUUCAGAGUACCUCAACUUACAAUUACAACUUUAUAGAGUGUUUUGAGAUAACAGCUGUCUCUCGGCUUAUUGUUAUGGUUUAAAUUGCCAGCAAAAGUUUGAGAUACACACAUCUCCGCCCUAAGUUGCGGUUGUAAAUGUCAUAGUUAACGCAGCAAGAUCCGCCCAUAACAUCUCGUCUAUAAGCAUUAGCUCAUAGCUAGAGAUGAACAUGACUUUGUUUUUCAACCAUGGGAAGUAAGAAACUAAGUGUGAAGGACAGAUCUUAGAAGAAAAAUAUCUUCAAAAACACGACUAAAGGUGUAGCAAAUCUGGCGAAGCAAUUUCAGACUAUGACUGCAAGUCUGCAUCAUACUGAAGCAAAAUGAGUCUAGCGCCAGCCAAGAACGUUAGAACACCAUCUAAAUGGCGGACAUGUAUCCAUGUAAUUAUGGAAAAGCUGCUGAUGAUGUGUUUAAUGGAGAAACAGUUGGAAGCAAAUAUUGUGGUCACCCAUCUGCCCCUUGUCCUGUUUGAUGGGUUGACUAUAAAUAAAUCUCCUUGUAUCUUGUAGAAGCCAACUCUCCAAGGAAAAUGUGACACAUUACCUUACUUCAUAUUUUUUGUAGUGCAUUAUAUUGUAUUGUUUUUAUACAAUAUUUCUUAUUUAAAAACAUCUAUUUAACUUCAAAAUGCAUCUUACAUGUCAAAAGGUUGCGUGUUAUGGGGGACGGGGGGACAAUUGCCAAUUAAAUUGAUUUCAAUGGGUGACGUUGAUUUGAGAUACAGGUAUUUCCAGUUAGGAGCCCCAUCAGUACAGUAGUUCCUCAACUUAUGAGCUUUAUUGGUUCUACGACCAGGCUCGUGACUCAAAACACUCAAAUUUUAAAUCAUCUCUGCCCAUUGAAAUUUAUUGAAAUCAAUUUAAUCGUUGCUUGGCCCGCCCAAAACACCAAAAUGUUAAAAAGUAUUAUGCCUUUUAAAAAGAACAACACAUUUGUAGUUCAUACAUUUUGUUUAAAAAAACAAUACAAUAGUAGUACAAACAACUACAGUAGUUUUAUAAAGUAAUAUAAUAAUAAUGUAAAGUGUAUCCAGUUAAGUGGUCAGUCAUAGAACAAAUUGAGCUUGUAAGUUGAGGUAUUACUGUAGUUUUAAUGUCAUCAAAAUGUAGGCACUAAUGUAUUGCUCAUCCAAACUAUUGUUAUUAUUUAUGUCUGCAUCUAUUUUGCUUGCUUUAUUCACCUAGUUUAUUAGUAACUUCUUUUUAUAUUGAACAUUUGUGCAAAAAUGUAACCGAAACAUCACAGCAUUUGUAUAGGUAUGGGAUUUUAUUUGUUGUGGUAUGUUCAGUGUAUUUUCUGGAGCCCAUACAAAGCUAAGAUAAAAUCACAUUUGUUUCCCUUAAGGCCAAAGUAAUGUUCUCCAUACUGAAUGCAGUCAGGUAUACUUAACCGCUACAACUUUAGCAGAUUUUAACUGCACAGGGUUUUUUAAUCGUGUUUUGGUUAAAUGAGGAAUGAGAAAUAUGUGUGUUCUUGUUACACUGACCUCAGUACAUACUGUACAACACAUACUAGUUCCUGAGGAAUAUGAUUGUGCAAUCAUUUGUAGUCUAUUUACAAAAAAAUAAAAUACAUGAAAAAAAUGUGAUCUUACUUGAAAUGUUUAAAUCUCUGCCCUAAACAAGCACUUUGUUGUUUUUAGUCAGACUAUCUUUAACUGAUCAAACUAAACCAUACUUUUUGACAAAGGGCAGUGCUGUUUUUAUAUUAUGUUUGUUUUUGUACAACUUUUAAAAGUUACUGGUUCUAUACACACUUUAAAGCACAAUCUCAGUAUGUUUUACAGUGGUAGAUUAAUCUUUCUUUUCUGUAACCUAGACUGUAGCAUGAUUGCUUCUAAUAUAACAAUUUGCAGGGUUUUUUGUAUGAUCAUUAAAUCAUUUUAGAAUGUGUUUAAUUGCAGAAUCAACGGCUAUCACACUAAAGACACUUUGAUUUUGAAAUGAAAAUAUAAAAAAAUAUUAUUUUCACAUCUCCAUGGAUGAAAUUUCAUAUGUUUGCACAUAUGCAGAUGACCUUUCACUCUUAAGAUCUCAGACCUUUGUAACUGUUGAUCUUGGACUGUACUUUGUGUUUACCAGCAAACAAGAAUGUUAGUAGUCAUAUGCUCUGCAUGUCUGUUUGGCUGAGCUGUGUUUGAAAAAUAAAGUGCAAAACUUUC